AUGGCUAAUUCCGAGCAAGUUGUAGAAAAUGAUGCUGGACCCUCUCUGAUAGAACAGCUUGGGAGGGUGUUACAUGAGCUGGAAGCUUGCAAGGAUUCUUCUGAGGACAAGGUUCAGUGGACAGAAAUUGAAGAACAUUUCCGCAACCUUGAGACUGUGUUAAAGAAAAAAUCUGAAGAGUUAGAAGCUAGGGAGAAAGAAUAUGAAGAGAAAGGAGCUGAAACGCGUGCAUUGCUUGCAGAGAGAGAGGCAGCUGUUGUUGCUAAGGAACUAGAACUCCUAGAUCGAGUACAGGAGCUAAAAGAUGCUGCUGUUUCUGUCAUCGCAGAGGCGCGAGCUAAUCACCAGCCUGGCUCUUUGGAGUGCAUUGAUGGUGGAGACAACAUAGACAGCAAGGUAAGCAGCUCUCUUGCUGAAAUAAAUUCCCCAGAGGAGUAUUCUCCUCAAAAAAUGGGUGAAAAUGCUGGUGUGGCUGCUGAUGUCAAGCCACGUCCAGAGCUAACGCAAUUUUGCAAGCAGAUGGAUGCAAAAGGGCUUCUAAGUUUUGCCAUGGAGAAUCAAAAAAAUUUAUAUGCCAUUCGUGAUGAACUUUCUGUUGCACUAGAAAAUGCAACUGAACCAGCCCGUUUGGUGCUGGAUUCACUAGAGGGGUUUUAUCCUCCUGUUGAGACUACCCAACAAAUGGAUAAGAGGGAUGCUGCCCUUCAGGGCAUGCGCAAAUCCUGUGUUAUAUUUAUGGAAGCCAUGGCUGCCUUAUUGGCAAGAAUUGACCCAGGUGCUGAUCACCUUCUAAACCUUGAAAUAAAGCAGCAAGCCAAGGCAUUUGCUGAUGAAUGGAAGCCUAAGUUGGCUAGUGCGGGCACUGAUGCUACCAAUGGAAAUCCAUUGGAAGCAGAAGCAUUCUUGCAGCUCCUUUCAACUUUUAGAAUUGCUUCGGAGUUUGAUGAAGAAGAACUCUGCAAGCUUGUUCUUGUAAUUGCUCAGCGCAGGCAAGCACCUGAGCUCUGCCGUUCUCUUGGUUUAACACACAAAAUACCAGGUGUUGUUGAGUCAUUGCUCAACAAUGGGAAACAAAUUGAUGCUGUACGAUUUAUUCAUGCCUUCCAGCUUACUGAAAGUUUCCCUCCUGUUCCCCUUCUGAAGACAUACUUAAAGGAUUUGAGAAGAAACUCACAGAACACACAAAGAAAGGGUGGAAACUCAGGAAGUGGUGCAGAUGUACAGAUUGAUGGAAAUGCCCUAGAGCUUGCAGCCCUGAAGGUUGUCAUCAGGUGUGUUGAAGAGUACAAGCUUGAAGCUGACUACCCACUUGAUCCACUUCAGAAAAGGCUUGCUCAAUUGGAGAAGUCAAAAUCUGAUAAGAAGAGAGCGGGUGGUGAUUAUGGUAAACAUUACCAAUCGAAGAAACCAAAACCUAAUCGAGGUUAUCGUGGAUUCCGAGGUGCUGCCACUCUUCCUGCUGGUGGUUGGCAAGCUCCACCUGCUUUUGUUGAGAGGACAUCAUACACUGGAAUGCCGGCUGAGAGGUAUCCUCUAGCUGUUCCAAACCCCUAUGAGUAUCAAGGUCCUAACCAAUCUGCAUAUGGUCAGCAAGCUAAUGAUCAAAGGAUGUACUACAAUCCUCAGGACGCCUCCUCUUACAGUGCAGCUCCAAAUUAUGGCAGUUACAUGGGUGCUGGAAUGCGAUCGUCACACCAACCAUAUAUGUAG